AUGCCCGUUGAUCCCAAGCUUCACAUUGACGAAUCCAUUCCCUGGAGCGAGCCGGCGUGGCUGCGCGGCGUCCACUCCCCCUACUACACAUCCACACACCGCGAGUUGCAGCGCGCCGUCAGACAGUACGUCGACACGCACCUCCUCCCCUCGGCCCUCGACUGGGAAGAGAAGGGCCAUGUGCCGCCGGAAGAGGCAGAGCGCUUCUGCAGGUCCGGCAUCCCCUUUGCCGAUAUCCCGGAGCCCUACCGACCCGCAGACAUCCCCGACAUUGGCGGCGUUCCGCGCUCCGAGCUCGACGCGUUCCACUUUCUCAUCAUGAGCGACGAAAUGUCCCGCGUCGAAGGGGGCGUGGGCAUCGCGCUGGCCGGCGCCUCGGCCAUUGGCGCGCCGCCCAUCGUCAACUGCGGCACCGAGGAGCAGAAGCGGAAGUGGCUCCCCGGCCUGUUCACCCGCGAGACCAACUUCUCCCUGGGCAUCACAGAGCCGUCCGGCGGCUCGGACGUGGCCCGCAUCAAGACCACCGCCGACAAGACGCCAGACGGCAGCUUCUACAUUGUCAACGGCGUCAAGAAGUGGAUCACCGGCACGCCCUGGGCCACGCACAUGACCACCGCCGUGCGGACGGGCAGGCCCGGCAUGAAGGGCGUCUCCCUGCUCGUCAUCCCCAUGGAUUCGCCGGGCAUCGUGCACCAAAAGAUCCAAAACUCGGGCCAGAAUGCCGGCGGCGCCUCCUUUGUCUACCUGGAGAACGUCAAGGUGCCCGUCGAGAACCUCCUCGGCGGGGAAAACCAAGGGUUCAUGAUCAUCAUGAAGAACUUCAACAAGGAGCGCUUCCUGCUGACCGUGGGGUGCAACCGCAAGGCGCGCUCAUGCCUGGCCAUGUCCUUCCAGUACGCCAUGAGGCGCGAAACAUUUGGCAAGCCCCUGAUCGAAAACCAGGUCAUCCGCAGGAAGCUCUCCGAGAUGGCGCACAGAAUCGAGGCCCAUUGGGCGUGGCUGGAGCAGUUGGCGUACCAUAUCAAGUGCUCGGAUCUCGGCUGGGAGGACCCCCAGAUUGCGAGCAGAGUUGCACUUUUGAAGGUGCAGGGCGGCCAGUUGAUCGAGUUGGCCGCCAGGGAGGCAGCGCAGAUCUUUGGUGGCGCGGGCUAUAUGAAGGGCGGGCCGGGCGCGACUGUCGAGCAGAUUAAUCGGGAUUUGAGGAUGUUGGUUGUUGGUGGUGGAAGCGAGGAGAUUAUCGCCGACUUGGCAGUGAGACUGGAGCUGGCCAUGAUGGGAGGACUGGGGGGUGCGAAAUUAUAA